AUGCCGCCACGCCUCCCAUAUAUUUGCCAGAGAUGUUGCGCUCAGAGUAUUGUCAAGCAGGCUCUCCGCCACGCCCACAGCACAACACACCCUCGACGGCCCCUCCAACUCGCCAUCAUCGGCUCCGGUCCAGCAGGCUUCUACUCGGCUUAUAGACUGCUCAAGAAGCUACCCGACGCGCGGAUCACCAUGUUUGAGCAGUUGCCAGUGCCAUACGGCUUGGCGCGCUAUGGUGUGGCGCCUGACCAUCCCGAAGUGAAGAAAUGCACCGAAACGCUCGAGACUGUGGCUAGAGAGUCACCCACCAACUUUAACUUCUGCGGCAAUACACCCAUAGGCACUGGACCUGGCAGCCUACCAUUGACCACGCUCGCGCCACACUUCGAUGCGAUCCUCUUCGCCUAUGGAGCAGGAAAGGACAAGCAGCUGGGUAUACCGGGAGAGGGUCUCACGAACAUCAUCUCCGCCCGUGCGUUCGUGGGAUGGUAUAACGGACUGCCAGAGUAUGCGCAUUUGCAUCCCGACUUACAGGCGGGCGAGACAGCGGUGGUCAUCGGACAAGGAAACGUUGCUCUCGACGUGACGAGAACACUGCUCAGUCCGCUCGAUGAACUGCGAAAGACAGACAUCAACGAGGAGACCAUAUCCGCAUUGAGCGAAAGCAAGAUCCGCGAUGUUAAGGUCAUCGGAAGGCGAGGACCAUUACAGGCACCAUAUACCAUCAAGGAAUUGCGAGAGCUCAUGCAUCUAUCUGAUGUAGGUUUCGCGCCGCCACCAGAAGCAUGGGACGAUCUACUGCAGGCGCCGUUGAAGAAGCUACCACGGCAACUAAAACGAAUCGCCGAGCUGCUGCAGAAAGGGUCGAAGAAUCCAGUACAAGACUCAUCAAAAGCAUGGCAACUCGGCUAUCUCCGCUCACCAGCCGCUUUCCUCUCCUCGGACGGCACAACUCUGCAGGCCGUAGGUUUCGAACAAAUGGAGUACGAACGACCAUUGUCAGAACUACUAUCUGGAGACGCACAAACCGAUCUCAAUAACCUCCGAGCUGCUAAAGUGAAGCCCACGGGAAGAAAGACAUCAGUACGCGCCGAUCUGGCGUUCCGUUCCGUCGGCUACCUUUCCGAACCAUUAGACGGAAUGCAAGACAUCGGUGUGCCGUUCGACAGUGUCCGUGGAGUCAUUCCAAACGACCGAUGGGGCCGUGUAAUAGCGCCCGCGACAGGCGAGCAAUCUACUGGAUUCCCUGGAGAAGCUUACGCCGAAAGCGAGGGCAGACAUACCGGAGCCAUUGAUGAGAAAGUUCGAAGAACUGAUUCCGGUAUUAGCCCAGAAGCCCACCAUGUAGCCGGAAUGUACUGCGCAGGCUGGGUAAAACGCGGCCCCACGGGCGUGAUAGCGAGUACACUGGACGAUGCAUUUAUCACUGCGGACGUUAUUGCUCACGAUUGGGAGAGUGGAAGCCCAUUUGCCAAUAACGACAAAGAGAGCGGAGGCAAAGGCGGCUGGGAAAGCCUUCGACGUGAAGUGGAGGCGCGAGGGAUCCGUCAUGUGUCAUGGCACGGAUGGGAGAAGAUAGAUGCUGUGGAGAAGGAGAGAGGUAGGGAGAGGGGCAAGGUCAGAGAGAAGAUCAGACGAGUCAAUGAGAUGCUGCAAGUCAUUGACUCCUAG